CUCUUUCUCUCAACUUACAUAUAGCCUUUUCCAAACGGAAAAAACAACCAUUGAUAUAUUUUGUCCCUGUACCAGGCGUGUAUUUGCACUUCACGCCUUGUUUGUUAUUAAAAAAAAAAAAGAGUGAACCCAUCCCCCACCCCCAAAAAAAGAUAUGGCUCAACAGCAUCCGACAGAUAUGACAACAACAACGGCGAUCCCUCCAACACAACAACAACAGCAACAACCUUAUGAACAUAGUGUUCGCCCACCAACUUGUGCCCAAAAAGCAAAUAGAGAAGACGGUACUGAUUUCAGUAACGAAUUGCGUAUACAGCAAGCAGUAGCGAUCGACGACAACGACAACGAUCCUAUAGCAGAACAACAGCAGCAACAACAACCUUCCGAAUCCUUCAUUGCAACUUCUAUACACAGCGAUGGAGGUGGUGGACUGGUGCGAUCUCAUAGCGAUGAAAUUCAGACCAGUCGACUAAAAAGUUACAACACGCUACCUACCAUCACAACGUCUGAUUUCACCACUUCGUCUAUUGUUGGUGCUACUACUACUACUACUGCGAAUGGGCGACCGUCGUCUUGGAAUUAUCACCAAACGUCGUCCAAUGAGCCACCGCUUCACAUUAUCCCGUCAUGGCGUACUGAGCCAUUACUUUCAUCACAGUCAUCGUCAACAGGAACAGGUGUAGCAGCAGCAGCAGCAACAACAACAAGUGCGUCGGUUCGACGACCUGAUCUAGGCGAGUUGAAUAUCGAGGAACAAGAGGCGUUAAAAGCGGAAAUAACACAACGUCGUGCGGCUCGCAGAGUAUCCAAGUUGAAGAGACGGAAGACGUACGCUGAUGAAGAAGAAGAUGACGACGAUGAGGAACGUGUUUUUGUGGGCACACGGGUAGCAGAAGGACAUCAGAAUUAUCCACUCAUGUACGAUAUGCUGACUGGAAUUCGGAUUGCUGUUGGUAGGGUCUCUGCAAAAAUGCGACGCGAUUUAACACCCCAAGACUUUACGGCUGCGCAUAAGCUCGUGUUUGAUGUUACCGGAAAUGAGCUUACACCCGGUGUCAAAUACGAUUUCAAAUUCAAGGACUACGCACCUUGGGUGUUUCGAGGCUUGCGCGAGAAGUUUCAUCUGGAUGCUGGUGAUUACAUGAUGUCAUUGACAAACAAAUACAUUCUCUCUGAGCUGAACUCUCCGGGAAAAAGCGGAAGCUUUCUUUACUAUUCACGCGAUUAUCGAUUCAUCAUCAAAACGAUCCAUCAUUCAGAACACAAGUUUAUGCGCAAAGUAUUAAAGGACUAUUAUCAGCAUGUUUGUGAUAAUCCGAAUACACUCCUCUGCCGAUAUUAUGGAUUACACCGUAUCAAAUUACCACGCGGACGCAAGAUUCACUUUGUUGUCAUGGGCAACGUGUUUCCUGGCAACAAGGAUAUUCAUCAGACGUUCGAUCUCAAGGGCUCCAUGUUCGGCCGGUUAACACCGGAAGAAGUGAUUGCGAAAAACCCGCAUGCAGUAAUGAAGGAUCAAAACUGGCUUUCUAAAAACAUGAAUCUGGAAUUGGGUCCUUUAAAACGGAUGUUUCUUCUCACGCAGCUUGAAAAUGACAUUUCUCUACUACAACGAGCCAAUAUCAUGGAUUACAGCUUGUUGAUUGGUAUACACGAUAUGAACCGGGGCAAUACUGAAGGCAUUCGUGAUCAUCAUUUGCAAAUGGUGCAGCCUGCAACCAAAGGAUUACAACGACAGCUAUCUGCUCUGGGGAACAAGCACGAGAGCAAAGCAGACAUUGUCCGUAAAGCACUAAAACAUACCAAUCCAGUACAAUUAAACCCAUCAGACUUGCCGGAGACUCCAUCUGAAGAGCGUCGAUACUGUGUUUUUUACUCUGAAGAUGGCGGGUUCCGAUCCACAGACGAAAACAACGAAUUAACGCAGAGGCUUUAUUUUAUGGGUGUCAUUGACAUAUUAACGCCGUACAACAUUGUAAAGAAAACCGAGCAUUUCUGGAAGAGCUUAACGCAGGAUAAACAUUCUAUAUCUGCCGUCAAUCCGGUUGAAUAUGGUCAUCGGUUCAUGCAUUUUAUCAAAAACGCAGUGACUAAAAAGUCAGAUCAUUAAGGAAGUCUCUACUUAGUAUUGUAAAAAAAGGAUAAAAACACACAAAUAAUCCCACGACUAAUCUUCUUUCAUUCCACACAUACACAAU